AUGGCAAGCACCACGAGGACGGAAACGGUUACACCUGCUGUCAUUCAUAUCGUUUCUCCUUCGUCUGCUGCAUCGCCCGCUGCAGCAGAUGAUGCAACAACUUCAGCAACCGCUGCAGCAACAGCAGCAGAAUCUGCUGCAGUAGAAACGCCGAAGCAAGUUGCGUGGGUGGAGGGCACGCUUGACAAUGAGGACUUGGGCAGGAAAAGCAGCAAAGUCUGCUGCAUUUACCACAAGCCCCGCGCUUUCGGGGAAAGCAGCAGCAGCAGCAGUAGCAGCAGCAGCAGCGACAGCGAAGGUGAAGGCGCAGCAGCAGGCAAAAAAAAAGCAAGAAAACAUCAAAAGUGCAAACAUCACCGAGGUAGUCCGCAUCCGCCAUGCGGGGAUGGAAAGGAGGCGUCUUGA